CAGACAUUCUCAUCAGGUUCACUGUAUUCAAGUAUUUGCUCUGAGGUUUCAGUUAUGUUGGAUAAAGCGUUGUCAUAUUUUCUCUAUUUAUAUGGUUUGUUGUAUCAGGUCUUUGCUCCUUGUUUAGUUCCUGAGCUGUUGUCUGCCAACACUGUCGACCACCAGCAGUAUCUGGGGAAAUGGUACUUUAAAGCAGCAGUCAGUCGCAGAGAGGCUGACAUUCAGAAGUUCAAAGAACUGGACAACAUGUGGUUCACCAUUGAGGAGCCGGUCAAUGACACACUGCUGCUGACUGGACAUAUGCGCAUAGGAGAUAACUGCAUGAAACAGACCUGGACCUACAAUAUACGUCCUGAGAGGGAUGAUGUGGAACUGGAAGGAAGACCGAAGCGGAGGACCCUGCUCUGGAGCGGCAAGUGGGCCAACUGCCCCGCGUGCAUCAUUUUCCAGGAAGUAGAACCACCUUUAAAUGAGACAGACUCGGAGGACUCCCUCAGCAGAUACCUGCUGUAUGGCCGGCAGAGUGACGUCGACUCUGAGCUGGUGAAAGCAUUACAGAAAAACCUGGCUUGUCAUGGCAUGUCGGCAUGUGUCAGACCACCUCAAGAGAAAGAGUUUUGCACCUAAAUAUUAACAUUGAGGAUGUUGCAGGAACCAUGGAAAUCCUCGAUGACGAUACAAUGAUUCCAUGUUGUCAAUGUGUAACAUUGAAACAAAUAAAGCAAAAAUACAAACAU